AUGCAGAGGGCACUGGAAGUCGUAGAGGAGUGGUGUCAGAGAACGGAUUUGGCGGUGAAUCCACUAAAAACCGGUCUUACUGUCUUCACUCGCAAAUACAAGGUGGGCACCAUUGUGGGACCCACUCUUGGAAGAGUAAGGUUAAUUCCGACCGAAUCAGUAAAAUAUCUGGGAGUUAUCCUGGAUAGGAAACUGCUUUGGGAGGAACACCUUCGUAGCCGAUGCAAAAGCUUGUGCCAGUAUUUUUGGAUGUGCAGAAGGACCUUUGGCCAGACUUGGGGUUUGAAACCGAGUAUGAUACACUGUAUCUACACAGCCAUACUUCGCCCCAGACUCACAUACGCAGCCGUAGUAUGGUGGACUAGGGUGCGAAAAAAAACAGCCAAAGUUGCGCUGAAGCAUGUCAGGGUUCUGAUUUUGAGAGGGGCCCUGGGUGCUAUGGUUACAACACCAGUGGCGGCGAUGGGCGUAAUGUUCGGCAUCAAGCCGUUUCACCAGGUGGUGGUGGCUGCUGCAGCAAUGGCGGCAUACCAUCUGAGAUGCGAACUAAAAUGGAAGAAGGAAGCCUGGCAUAGGAGGCUACCAGAAGACGUUCUGUUGGAUUCAAUAUUCGAGAUGCGACAGGACAGAAUAUCUAUUAUUCGGGCUUCUGAUAGGCGCUUUAAAGUGCAUAUACCGAGGCCGGAGGAGUGGGAAAAGGAAGGUGGAAACUUAGGGGCUCGAGUGCGUGGAGGGGAUGUCUGGUAUACGGACGGCUCCAAGACGGACACGGGCUCCGGGGCCGGCUUCUUUGGCAGUCGAGAGGGAUGGAAGGAGAGCAUUUCUCUCGACAGUUAUGCCACGGUAUUCCAAGCGGAGAUUGUGGCUAUCCUAAGCUGUGCUCAGACCGUGCGGAGUAGGGAAGAAGCGGGAGAGCACAUCAGAAUUUGUACGGACAGCCAGGCAGCCAUCAAGGCACUGGGGGCUCCGACAAUAACAUUGCGGGAACUGGCUUGGAGCAUAAGGGCUCUGAGUAGUAGAGAUGCCAGAUCAGCGGUACAGAUACUAACGGGUCAUGGCACUUUAAACUACCACAUGUACAAACUUGGGCGUAGCGAUACAUCCAGAUGCAGGACAUGUGGAGACGACGAGGAAACAAGCCUUCAUGUACUCAACGACUGUCCUGCACAUGCAGGGCUGAGACACAAGAUGCUGGGCUCAGCACUACUUGGGCCCGAGCAGAUCAGGGAGCUGCCGAUAUUUUAUGUGAUUCAGAUACUGCGUGACGAUGAAUUUGUUGUAAGUCACCAACAAUAA